AUGGCGCCCGCUAAGGCCAAGGGCCAGAAGAUGAGCAUGGUGGAGUUCCUGGGAGUAGACAAGCCCUCCGGCGAUUUCAGCUGGGCGGAUGAAUCUGAGGAGGCGGGCAUGGAGCAACCUAAUGUGCCCGCUGAGAGAAGCACUCGCUCUUCCUAUGGCAUGUUUGGAAGCGGCGGUUUCGACCGUGACUCCCGUGGUGGAUUCGAGGGCCGUGGAUAUGAGACCCGUGGCGGAUACGCCGUUCGAGAGCCGCUCGACCUCCCCACCGAGCCCCCGUUCACUGCCCACAUUGGAAACCUGUCCUUCGAAGCGACUGCCGCCGAUGUGACUGAUCUAUUUGCCGACUGUGGUGUGACCAAUGUCCGGAUUGUGGAGGAUAGGCAGCUCAACACCCCCAAGGGCUUUGGCUACAUUGAAUUUGAGACUGUCGCUGGUUUGCAGAAGGCCCUGGACCUCUCUGGUACCACCCUGAUGGGCCGCACUAUCCGCACCAGUGUCGCGGACCCUCCCAAGGAGACGCGUGCCGACCCCCGCGACAUGGACUGGACCCGCCGAGGUCCCCUUCCCCCUGCCCCCUCUGAGCGGCGUGUGCCUGACCGGGGCAGCUUUGGCCGCAACAUGGACGCCGCAUCCGACGCCGGAAGUGACCGAGGAGGCCGCCGCAACAACUUCGAGUCUGAUGGAAAGUUCCGCGACUUCGGCAACUGGGAGCGCAAGGGCCCGCUUUCUCCCCCAGCUGGCGCUGGCUUCCGCGAGGGUGGCCGGCCCCGCAACAACGAUGGCCCUUCGCCUUCCUGGGGCGAGGGACGCUCGCAGGAUGGAUCUCGGCCCCCGCGCCCUGAGCGCGCUGAGCGGACUCCUACCGCUGCCGAUAUGGACAACCAGUGGCGCACCAAGAUGCGCCCUGAUGCCGCCGCCAAGGAGCCUAGCAACCCUCCCUCUCCUGUCGCCCCUGCUUCCCGCCCGAGGUUGAACCUGCAAAAGCGCACUGUUUCUGAUGCUGUCCCCACCCCCGCCUCUGCCGCUGGCGACUCGAAAGCUAGCCCAUUCGGUGCCGCUCGCCCGAUUGACACUGCUACCCGUGAGCGCGAAGUGGAGGAGCGCCGCCAGCUUGCUGUUCGCCAGAAGAAGGAGACCGAUGACAAGGUCAAGGCUGAGAAGGCGGAAAAGCAAAAGAAGGAGCCCAAGCCGGGCAUGGAUUCCAACAAGGAUGCUAUUGAACCCCCCAAGGGCGGCGGUAACUUCGAGAUCCUCCGGCGGGCCGGUGAGGACGAGAGCAACGUCUCCACUGAUAAAGAGCCCGCGGAGGCAGCUGCUCCCGCUGCUGCUGCCGAGGAGGCCCCGAAGAAGGCUCCCGCCAACGGCAAUUGGCGGACAGCUGAGACUCCUGCUGAGACCCCUGCUGAGACUCCGGCUGGAGAUAAUGAUGGGUGGAGCACUGUUGACACGAACAAGAAGCGUGGCCGCCGCGGUGGCCGGUUCUGA